AAUCAUAUGAAGCGUAUACAUUUCUCAUCUGCUACUAUCUAUUUAAUCUAAACUCCAUGAUACAAAUAAAAGAGUAAAGAAGACAUUUUUAGUUAAAUUUAAUUUUUAUUCUAUUUAAGAGUUAAUAUUUCCAAAUUCAUCAAUUUUACAACAAAAAAUGAUAAUUAUAACUGAAAAUUUGAUUGAACCGCCUUCCUAAUUAAAUAUUGAAUAUUGAACAGCGUUAAAAUGGUAUACAUAAACAAUGAAAUGUGUAUGAAUCAUGUGAUAGAGAAGAAUCGUUUGUAAUCUUCUGUCUAAUACGUUAAAUAAUGACAGAAAACAUAAAUUCCUUAAAUGAAUACAAUGACAGCGUAAACGACCAAGACUUCACAUACACAUCAGAAGUCAAUACGCAUUCAUCAUUAAAACAAACCGCCAGUGAUAACCUUGAAAAUACUUCUCCGCCUAAUUCAAACGACAUCUAUUCCGAUGAGUAUAAUCACCAUCAUCAUCAUGUAUCAUUUUUACAAAAUCAACUACAAAAUAUUUUUAAGUCUACUUAUAAUUCAAAGAAAAUUCCAAUUACUAUUGAUGUAUUAAGAGGAUGUAAAAGAUUGAUAAAAAUUUUAACAAUGGCGGAAAAUUCUCUGAAUCGAUUACUUUCAAAUGUAUGCAAAGAUGAUCAAAGCUUAGUGUAUAAAAUUAUUUUAUACCGAUAUGAAGUACUAUGGUUACCGUUGGCUGGACGUUAUAAACUAUAUACUGGUGCUCCAAACGAUGUCUACUUGAUGUGGUUUGCGCAUAUGUUGAAUACAACACUGUAUCGUCAAGAAUGUCAAAGUAUUUGUGGCGAACAAAUUGAACAUUUGCUUGUAUGUCAAAAUACCUUAAAGAAUUUAACUCACAAGGCUAGUGACCUAUGGAAAUCACGUUAUCCAACAGAACCAUUCAAUUUAGACGUAGAUCAUUUAGACACGUAUAAAUCUCAAAUAAUCGAUUGGACUUCAAAAUUAUCUGUCAAUCCUAUCCAGUUGAUUGAAUAUAACAGUAAUUUUUAUUAUCAAAUUCUAAUGCCACACUACCUCAACAAAAGUUUUCUUGAAGACGCUUGUGAACGCUAUCGAAAGUAUUUAUACAUCAGAAAACUUUAUUGUCAGAUAAAUCAACAACACUAUUCAACAAGCACCAUUUCAGAGACUCCAUCUUCUACUUCUUCAUCAUCGUCAUCUGGUAUAACUACUACUGAAAGCAGUCAUUCUAACAGAAAUAUUAUGAAUAAUCACCUCUCACUACUAACAAGUAGUCAAAAAAGUAUCGAUAAAAUUUGUGAUGUAAACUCCUAUAGUUGUAAUAACCAAAUACACAUAAAUUAUCUUCCCUAUGACAUUGAAUUAUGCUGGCGAGUACAUUUAUUUCAUCCACGUGUUUAUGUUUAUGAUACCAGUCGUUUAUUUGGUAGGACAUUGGAAUAUUUUACUAAUCAAAACAAUAAAACUAAUAUACAUUGGACAUUGAAUAAACAUAAUGGAUUUGAUCAAAAAUCGCUUUUUGUUAACCCACUGAAAUUUCAAUCUUCAAUGUUCAAUUUACAAAUACCUAGAAUUUAUGAAUUAUGGAGAUUACAAUUUCCUGAUUGUGAAUUUAUAAAAUAUGGUUGUUAUAAUCGUGGUAUCUCGACAAGAAAUCGAUUGGAUAUACUUAACACUGAAGAGAUUUAUAGAAUGUCGACAAAAUGUACUAAAGUUUCGAUCCAACAAAUAACAAUCACACCGAUACCAGAAUUAGAAAAAUUCACACUACGCAUUAAUACUACAUCAAGUCAACCGGAAGAAAUCAACCCGGCCUAUUCAACAUCGCAUAGAAUGUGUACACUAAAGUUGAAUUCAUCAGAUCAUCAUCAUUCAUGGGGCAAAGUAAAUGAUUCAAAUAAAUCAAUAACUAAAUUCACUAUGAUAACUGGUGUAUGCGAUGAAUUAUUGAUUAGUCUAAUAGAUAAACGCCUAUGGUCAUGCUUAAAUAAUAAACAGCUUGGUCAAGCUAAAUUUAAAUUAACCGAUGCGAUAGAAAAUUUCCACGGUAUCGAACAAACUCAAUUCACGUUUUCUAAAGAAUUAUGUCAGGAUAAUUCUGAGGACCAAUACAUCGAAGCAAAUAUCAAUACAAUCAGAGCAAAUAAUUUCCCGAAAGACACUGUCCCGCGUAAAAACUCUUCAAGCGCACACGUUGCACUUACUCUACUUAUCAAUCCACCUAUCAGACAUUCAAUACGCUUGAAAGUUCAACUUGGUCCUCAAUUAGUCUGUCAGUUACCAUUGCCUAGUGAAAAUCAAUUAAGUAUUGGUUAUAAAAUAUGGGGUCCUGUAUCAAUUUGUCCCAGCCUACAUAUUCAUAAUCUCUUAAAACAACAUUAUCGAUCGUGUAUAAAACAAGGUGAAAUAUUAUUGGAAACUUUUCAACCAAUGAAUUAUGAGCGGCGUUCUUUAGUACUUGUACAUAAAUUAUUCAAUCAUCUAAAUGAACAUGUUCUCACUGUUCGUGUACAACACAAUAUUCUGCUUGGAUUGUCUGCAGUUUACGUCUAUUCUGGGAAUCGUUUAUUAUGCUUAGGUCAAACAAUCGGUCAAGAACACCUGCCAACAAUUCAGUCCAAGAAAUCCAGUUGUAAUUCUAAUAGCCCACAUAGUAAAAAGUAUUUUAAAUCAUCUAAUCAUUUACUUCCGAUGAGAUUCAAUGUUCAACAUUCAAAUUUGAAUUUUCUGCGUAAUUUAAAUCACUUGACUACACAAUUUAAACAAACACUUAAAGAUCUUUCACAACAUGAAGAUAACAAUAAUACCUUUCCAAAAAAUAAUAAUAACAAUGCUGCAACUACUACUAAUAAUAAUGAUAGUAAUAUUUGGGGUUUGUCACAAUCAGCUAAUGAUCGUGGUAUUUUAAUAAAAGACUCCAAUGGAGAUUGGUGUAUUGUUAUUGGUAAAUGGUCAGAGUUUAAACGUCUUCCCGCGCCAAUUUAUGCAGUGAAUUCAAACAAUAAUCAAACAAAUGAUAAUUCUAAUGAAAUACAUGGAAAUGGUGGACAUUUAUCUUUAAAAUUUAAAUGGUUUGCAUCCGCAUCAACACCAGCAAGAAUAUCUUAUGCUCAGAUUCCAGACAAUACUAACAGUUUUACUGUGAUUCUACACGAUGCUUCAGUUAACAUGCAGACUGGGGAAUUGUUUAUUAGUAAAAGCUGUAAUGAAAUUGCACAGAAUGUUUGUUUGCGUUUUGCUGUGGAAUUUUACAUGUAUUAUGUCAACCACGUAUCCUUACGCAUGAAUCAAAAGUGA